UCGGCGAAGUGAAGCGAUGUUUGCUGUUCCUGUAUUGCCAUUCCCGUACAUAGUGCGAAUUUUCCGAGGAGUUCGUUUCGCAAAUGUUUUUCUUCGAUUUAGUGCCGGUUUUUAAUUAGAAUAAUGUUUUUUGUUUAGUGCCUAUCCGAGUUGCCUGUGUUUUUUAGUUCGGUAGUGUUAAAAAUCUAUGCUGAAGAUCGGAUUUCUGUAUGAAAAAAUUAGUGCAGUUUGAUAAUCUGUUGAUGUGGCGAAGUGAUGUGUAGUGGCUUACAAGGCAGAAGAGUAAUUUAGAUGUUACUUGCUCAAUUCAGUUGUUAACCAGUGCUUUAGUGAAUUCUCUUUGAAUAACAGUGAUUUUUUUCUCAAAUGGCUGAAGAAAUACUGGAAAUCAUUUUAGCAGCCGACGUUAAAAGUGCUGAUGAGUUCCCGAAGUGGUUCAUCACGCUUUUCGAGAGCGAACCAAGGCGCUGCCCGAUCGAAACAUUCGCUGAUCACUUUUUGGGGCUGAUAAGAACACAAACAGAAGACUUCACGAAAUGUGCUCCAUCGAUAUGCGACACACCGAAAAAAGCAAACCCAACGUCGGUCAGGAAAACGUCAAUCACACUCCCGGCCGACACGAGCAAAACGAACAAGAACGACAACAAUGCUCCCAUAUCGCAAUCAACUGCCGAAGAGGCUCAAUUACCAGCUUCGUCCGGACAGCAGCUGAAAACAGAUACCGGUGGGAUUGGGGACGAUCAGGACACAUCCGGAAGUCGAUCGCUGCUAUCGAGUCGAUCAAUCUCACGUGAUUUAUUCGCUGGUGCUGCAAGUGCGGUUGAAGAUUUUCAUACGGGCUUCCGGCGAAUCGAUGCCGAAACGAAAUUCAGCAUUUCACCAAGAAGGGAUGACCUCAUUUAUACGGAUCAGAAUGAUAACGACCGUCGCAGUUGCGAGAGGAAUGAAAACGAAAAACAUACGCCCGCCAUCAUAGAAGAUACACCGUUUAGCCCGAUUCCGAGCGCUAGGAUUAGCUCGCUUGGUAAAAUUGAACCAAACGCGAAUAGUAGCAGUACCCCGAUUAGAGGUCAAUCUGGCAAGUCAGUGUUGCAUCAGCUCAACACCAGUACCCCGAUCGUCAACUCGAGCCAACGCUCUGGCAGGGGAUCUCGCAGCUCAGCUUGGAAUCAGGAUUGCACAUCGACCCCCAACAACCAGAAGACAACGCCGGCUAACGGCUCUCGCCACGAUUCACGUCGCAGUCACGAUCGAUCCUUUGGCAGCAACAACAGCACCGUGAGUCGACAUACCAGCUCACCUUGUCUGGGUGAUUUCAUCACACACUCCUCUCUAAAAUCUAAGCCGCGAAAAUCCGCUACUAAUGCUGGCGCUAGUGCGAAUAACAGUAAAGACAACAACAACAGCAGCAAGGUCAACUCACUCUUCGCAGCGGAUGACUUUCCGGGGCUGCAAACCUCGAUGCAAUCGUCGACCCCCGGAAAUGAACAACCGCUACGAAACAAGAAACGUGUAACGCCGAUCACGGUCAGUAAAACACUCACUAGUCGUCUGACAACUUGCGGUUCUAGCUUCGAACUUGACAACUCGAUAAGUCCAACUAUCUCCGAGGGAAAAGUAAAGCGUCGAGUCACACCAACAACUCUCAGCAAAUCCGUUUCCAAUAGACACGACUUUACCAGUUCCUCUUUCAAAUCGGAUAAUAACCUGAUUAAUUUAACAGAAGAUAGUCUAGAGCUGGAUCUGUCACAAAAGGACGAACGUGGUCUUUUACGCAAUUACAAGGACAUAAUCAAAAGCAGCUUCGUUGCCGUCGAGGAUCAGCAUCGGGACACGAACAAAAUGCUUCAAACUGCAGUCCGGAAUACGAUUGUAACACCCAGGAAACUAUCGGAAGGUAGUGGCAUGUCAGCUGCACAACCGGUUCACAUCGAGCUAGAACGAGUAACUGAACGUGCAUUAAUCGAUCGUUUGGUAGAUGUAUACACGGUAGUAAUUGACCUCAACAUGACUCCCAAUAUACUUUCCGAAUUAGCAUAUCUUAUAAACCUAAUUAAUACAGAAUUUGAACCUAUUGGAGCUCAGUGUGAGGUAGAUAGAGCGAAACCAAUUGCUUUAGCAGGAUUCAUCUUGAAAAAUCUCAACAAUUGUGUUUAUUUUGCGUUGCAAGCAUUAAACCGGCAGCGCACUCUGCUGGCUCUACUGGACAGCAUCACGCUGAAAGUGUUAAUAGAGAACGAACGCAUCGCCUGUCUCGAGCAAUCUUUAAGUGCUUAUCUGCGUGAAAUUUACACACAGAAAUUGCAGCUUGAUAAUAACAUUCAAAAGCUACUAGAUGUGUCUUCAAUGGGAGGCAUUGCCAACAGUUCCACUGGGGGUAUAAACGUGUUUUACCAGCAGGAAGCGGACACAAGGGAGCAUUUCCCGUCGGAUAAAGAGUUUGGCGCGUUUAAAAAACAACGAGACGCUUUUUGUACAAUCUAUAGGUCGUGGGAUCUUAAGCACCUAAAUCCGACCUGGAACUGUCUGACGGAGCUCCGCGGCAAGAUUCGCUCCCUGCUGGCCAUCAUGGAACACCCGAUCAACAUGGCACACCUGGCGAAGCUCUUCACGGCACAGCUGGUGCAAUCGUGUAACUUUGAUAACUCUGCGUCAGAACUGGCGAUGGCACUGCCUAACGUGGACCCGGCCAAACUGGUGAAACUGCGACAACGCCUAGUUGCACCUAGUCAGUUUUCCACCCAGUAUUUGUUUCCGGGCAGCCAAGCGUUCUUCCGCGAUUUCAUCAUCGCCAGCGAGACCAAUCAAAUAUUCAUAGAGCAGCUGAAGGCAGUCCUGAUUCAUGAGCUGCUAGAGAUGAAUGAUUCCUCGUACGAGGUGCUGAAUGUUUCCGGCUCCGACAAUCAGCACGACUGCGAAUAUGUGGUUCGGCCAGAAUCAACGACGACAAUGCGUGUCCUGGCAAAAUUUAUAGGCUACAUCAUCUCAAGGCCAUUCAACUGCGAUAGCUACAGGAACAGCACGGUGGAAAAUCGCCAAAUAGAGCUCCGUAAUGCGCUUCUCCCCUUGUUCGACGUAAAAUCGAUUCUGUUAAAAGCCAUAGCGGAACGGAAGCUUAUCAUCACGGUGCCUUGGAUGGUUCAAUAUUUGGCCAUGCUGGAUGGAAUCACCCUUCGUUUAAGUUACUACAAAGAAUUGUUCGAUGUACUGUACGAGCUGUACCUGAGGACGACCGUGUGCGAAAGUUGGUCUGAGCGAAAGCUUCUAGUGACACCCACUUCAAAAUUUAUCCUGAGAGCUUGCCUGGGUUGGCUGUUUGAACAUCCGAACAUCCCUGAGGAAUACUAUAGCUAUCGACAGGAGAGACGCUCUCUAUUAGCGAUUGACGAGGGGCUGUACAAUUACAAGAAAAUAAAUAUGCUUGUGGACAAAGCUAUUUGCGAGGAGUUCGAAACUAGUUAUCCUUUGAUCCUGACAAAAAUUGACGAACGUUGCCAAGGUAGUUGGAAAUGUGAAAUAAAACCUUCAAAGCAGCAAGUCACAGGAGCGGUUUCCAUCGUAAAAGCUGAUUUCAGUUCUCCCAAAAACAACACCGUUUCUCUGAACCCUCUUCUCGAGAGUAUCCUUAACGCAGCUUGCCCAUUUUUGGCUGAUUUCCGCGUAUCAAUGAUGCCCUCAAAACUUGAGAAAACUGUUUCCCGCUCAGGGCGAUACCGGCAUAUUACAACCAAAUACUCGGGAGCCUCAACCUUAACUAGCGCCAGUGGCAAUAGCCAGAAGUCAAACAACGACCAACAACGGCUGGUGGAAGCCUUUCUGCGCUCGCAAAGUCUGUCAGUACGUCGUACCGUGGAGUUUGUCAUCGAACGAGCCUCAUCCGCUGCUAUAAAGGAUUUUCAAAUCACGUACAUUUUACCGUCGAGGAAGCGCACAUCCGAUCGAAUCGCUUCCCUGCAAGCGGAUUCUUUGUCCCAUGCCACGAAAGAGAUUUACAAGACAUGCUCGGUCGCACUUUCUGACAUCAAUGCCAGCUGGGAUACGCAAAUUGUUUUGAUAUUGGCCCGUCGGAUACAGGAAGCAUUUGAUGCAUUGCUCCCGUGUGAGACGCUAGACUCGGUGAAAAAAACCUGUAUCAAUCUAACACUAGAGCGGUGCCUUGCUAAAACAAACGAAUGGCGCCAAACGCACAUGUUCGAAAUAGAUCUUUUCUGCAAGGACAUCCCAUUCGAAGCCGCAAGGGCUGUGAAGGAUGCUUCGGCUGCUAGGCAAACCGUACCGAACCUGUCCGUCCGGCUGGACCGUGUACAUCACACAUUGGUGUACGACAAGCUUCAAUCUACCAUCCACCUGGCCGCCUCACAUCCGGACGAAUUAAGCUCGAACGAAUUAAGCCAGUUUCUAGCGCUGACAUUGCGCUACCUAGACGAACAGGAAGCAACUCCUGCAAUGUACAAAACUCUAGCAUAUAUGAUGCUGCAGUUGGCCCUACUGCUAGUGAUCAACCGAUGUGAUUUAAUCGUACCUGACGUAAUACAAAGUUUCACGACUGUGUGGAAACACCGGAAAUUGAGUGAGUUCUGUACGAUUCCCGAUGCUUCCGUAGGAAACAAUCAGGAGGAUGAGUUGGAAAAGCUUAUUAGUGGUAAUGCCACUGAUGACGGUGACCGUCCAAUCGUUGAUGAGGAGGACAUACGACGCAUCAGAAUGAAGAAACAACUAGAAGAGAGUAAUUACAUCUUCUCAACACUGGUCAGCAAUCGGUGUAUACGGAUGAUGGAGGCUAGCCACCGAGGAACGGCGGAGCAAGUGUUCGCCUGCUUUGCUAAUUUCAUCAACAGUCUGGUGGACUGUAAUCUGAUCAGCAUCCGGCGGUUGAACGAGCAGUUUGUGCAGAUUUUCAGCGAAAACUGGCAGCAGCAAACACUUGAACACGUUUCCCGUCUAAUGGAUGCCGUGCUGCAAGGUGCUGGAACCAAUGGACCCACAGCCACAACGGAAAGAGCACCUGGCCCCGGCGGAUGCUCGACCGGACGGAAAGCCAACAAUGCCGACGAUUCGCAUUCGCAGCUUUUCCUGGAAAUGCUUUCAGAUUUGGCUCGCGAAAUUGAGGAUUUCUGAUACCUAAUUUAGUCAAUUGAAUCAUCGAGUGACAGACAGCUGCCAUUUGCUAGACAAAUACUGAUGCCGGCAAAAGUGUUGUGACGAUUUUUCUAUCCAUAAUAAGUCGCCGUGAUUAUUGAUAUUGUUUUAGCUCUGCCUUCAAUCUAAUCGACUUAAAAGCUCCUUUUAAUCGGUUGGUUGGUUUUGUUUUGUAACAAAUUCUUAAUAGUAUUUUGACAAACUUGACUUUAUAAAAAAAACUGAAUCAAUACUCUUAUAAUGCUA